AUGGGGGAACAGCAUCCUCCACCUCCCCUCCACAGUUACCUGUGGCUAACAAUCCUCACCUGCUUCUGCCCCGCGUACCCAGUCAACAUUGUAGCUCUGGUCUUUUCAGUACUGUCCAGGAAAAGUUAUGAGUUGCAAGACUAUGACGGCUCGCGACGACUCGGUCAGAAAGCUCUCCAAGUGGCCAUCGCCUCCAUCAUCAUCGGCCUCCUCAUCAUCGCCAUAUUUAUCAUCGUUCACUUCACCACGUAUAAAUUUUAG